CGCCGGGUGCCGGGCGCCCCGCAGCGGCCGGGCAGGACGUGCCUCCUCCAACCGCGCCCGCGCCCGCGCCCGCCGAGCGCUCGGUGAAAAGGAAGGAGGAGCCAGGGGCACCGAGCGGGUGGAGUCGGGAGUCGGAGGGCGGUGGAAGCGGAUUUCCUGGGCCGGCUCUCUGGAGCUGCCAUGGCGUUUGGGAAGAGUCACCGGGAUCCCUAUUCGACCUCCGUGGGCCACCUCGUAGAAAAGGCCACAUUUGCUGGAGUUCAGACUGAAGACUGGGGCCAGUUCCUGCAUAUCUGUGAUAUAAUUAACACUACCCAGGAUGGGCCAAAAGAUGCAGUAAAAGCUUUGAAGAAAAGGAUCUCUAAAAACUACAAUCAUAAAGAAAUCCAACUUACCUUGUCAUCAUGUUGUUGAUUGACAUGUGCAUGCAGAACUGUGGUCCAAGUUUCCAAUCUCUGAUUGUGAAGAAGGAAUUCGUUAAAGAAAGUCUAGUUAAGCUGCUGAAUCCCAGAUACACCUUGCCAUUAGAUGUUCAGAAUAGAAUCUUGAAAUUCAUUAAGACUUGGUCACAGGGCUUUCCAGGAGGAGUGGAUGUAACUGAAGUGAAAGAAGUAUACCUCGACUUGCUUAAGAAAGGUGUUCAGUUUCCUCCCUCAGAUGCAGAGGCUGAAACAGCAAGGCAGGAGGCUGCCCCAAGCUCAUCACAUCCACCAACAUCUGUCCCUACUGCACCUGCUCUCCCUUCUGUAAUUGCUGCCAAGAAUCCGACUAUUUCAUUGGUCCCAGAACAGAUUGGAAAAUUGCACAGUGAAUUGGAUAUGGUGAAAAUGAAUGUGAAAGUGAUGACUGCCAUAUUGAUGGAGAACACUCCUGGAUCUGAAAACCAUGAAGACAUAGAGCUUCUGCAGAAACUUUACAAGACGGGUCAGGAGAUGCAGGAGAGGAUCAUGGACCUGCUUGUGGUAGUGGAAAACGAAGAUGUAACUGUUGAGCUAAUUCAAGUGAACGAGGAUUUGAAUAAUGCCAUCCUUGGAUAUGAGAGGUUUACUCGAAACCAACAAUGGCUUUUGGAACAAAGUAGGAACCAGCAGGAAGCCACCAACACUGGCAGUGAGCCUUCUGCUCCAUCUUGUGAUCUUCUUGACCUGAGUCCCAGCCCUCGGAUGCCUGUGGCCAUUCAGGGAGAACUCAGCAACAUGAAUGCUCAGCUUUCUGACUUAAGUUUCAGCUCUUCAAGUCCUGUUGUAACAAACAACUUGAAUCCCAGUCUUUAUCCACAGGUGGAUUUGUUAGCCUUGGAAAACACAGAAAUACCCCCGUUUGCCCAAAGGACCAGCCAAAACCUUGCCUCAGGUCAUACAUACGAUAAUUUUCUGGAACACUCACAUUCAGAGUUACUACAGCCAGUUAGCCUACAGAGUGUCACAGCAACACCUUCAAACCAGAGGCUGCCACCCCUGCCCAGCAGUCACCCAGCAAUGGCAAACAAUGAUCUCCAGUCACCCAAUUACUACGAGGUAAUGGAGUUUGAUCCCUUAGCUCCUGCUGUCACCACAGAAGCUAUUUAUGAAGAAAUUGAUGUCCAUUACCACAAAGGAGCUCAAAGUCAUAGUGACUGUUGAGGUACAAGACUUUAAUGUACACAACUUACAUUCCACAUUCCUUAUAAUUUCAGUAUAAUUGUCACUUUUUUAUUCAGUAUUUACAUUUUCUAAGGACCACCUGAAUCUAACAGUUUAGUGAAAUAUGAAUUUCCCUGAAUCACUCAAACUGUAAUGAACUGUUGUUUACUAGUGAAAAUACAUUUGUCACCUUGUCAGCUAUAAAUGAG